AAAAUAUUAAACCGUAAAUUCAACAUGUUUUUAACAAUUUAACAACAAUAUCAAAAAUUGUGCCAAUUUUUGUAACUUUUUUUUAAAAGUUUUAAUAUUUUUUUACAAUCAACCAAAAGUAGGGUGCUUAUUAAAUGCUAACUUUAUGGGUUUUAAAUAUAUAAAACUUGUUGGAUUAUUUAUCAUAUAAAAUUCUAAUAAUUGCAUUUUUUUUAAACUUCAAACCAACGAAAUUAUAAAGUUUUUUAACAACAGGUACAUUUGCAACGAAAAAGUCUCAAACUUUAUAAAAUAUAAAUUUAUUAUUUAAAAAAAUCCCUCAAAAGAAAAGCACUGCCUACAAAUGUUAACCUAAAGUAAAAGAAUUAGUUUUUUAAAAAACCAAACAAAAUCUACCUUAAAUUAAAACCAAAAAUUAUUUUUAAACAAAAAUAUAAAACAAAACCAAAUAAAACCCACGAAUUUAUAAAAUCACAAUUAACAAAAGAUCAUGAAUUGUGUUGCUAUACCACCCUCCGAAGAUAAACGUAAUAAUGCUGCUGCUGCCAAUUCCUCCAAUUCAUCCACUCCCCUUCACAUCAUUCAUUCCGAGGUUACGCUCACUACACCCAUUAUAGAAAAUGGCUCAAAUACUUCGACUACGGGUUCGAAUAAAUCCCAGUCGUUACAGCGUACGCAUACAACGCAUUUGUAUUGUCGUUCGUUGGAAAAAGAUGCAGCCGCUUUGGCGGUACCUCAUAGACGUACCUCGAAUUCAAGGGGUUUUGCUUCUUGUUUAAGGGGUGAAAGAGAUGAUGCUUUUCUCGACUAUCAACAGAGAGCCAUACAAUAUGAGCAACAGCAGCAGCAACAACAUAAUAUGCAACAAUUACAAUUACAGCAGCAUCGGGAGGGGCAACCACAGCAAUAUUACCAACAGCAGCAGCAGCAAUUACAGUUGUGUCAUCCCUUAAUGGAUGAAAAUCAUCCGGCUCAGGUGCUACAGACAAGUAUGAGUAGUAGUACGGGCAGUGGCAGUAAUUAUGAAACGACAACGGGCAGGAGUAAGUAUGAACAAUAUAAAUCGCUUCAAAAUCUCCAAUUACCAACUUAUAUCGCCCACUAACUUUUGUUUUUUAAA